AUUUUGAAUACAGGAACUGCUUCUUGGACGGAAGAAAGUUGCUCUUUUAGGUGUGCAAGAGCAAAGUGCACGCCCCAUUUAAUCACAUGGUGAGUUCUUUCAUCAUACCUGAGCACUAUAACACCAUUUUAGAUUGUAUACCCAUAGCACAAGGAAGUUCUCUAAUGGAGGACACAUCAAAAAAUUCGUUCUCUUAGAUGAUCAUUUAUCAACUGAAAAGUGUUUUGGCGAGAAGUCAUAUGGUAAAUGCGAGCUAAAUACCUGCAGCGACCAUGGCAGGCAGAUCUUCACCAACAGCUCCAGGUGGCCCACCUUCUCUUUCAGACCUGAGGGUUGUGCUGCUGGGGAAAGCUGGAGCUGGUAAGAAUAAAGUAGCCAGACUCCUACUGGGAGGAAAAGACCUUAAGGAAGCUCGUGACCGUUGUGUUUUACAUGAUGAUAAACAUGAAAAAAGGAGAAUCUGGGUGGUGGACACGCCAGGAUGGGACAGAUAUUCCAUACAUAAUACCUCAGAGAAUAUUAAAGAGGAAAUCAUGAGAAGUGCAACCCUUUGCCCCCCAGGACCCCAUGUUCUGAUUUUGGUGCUGCCUGUGGACAAACUCACAGAUUCUCACUCUGCAGAUGAACUUGAAUCAGCUCAGCAGCACAUGGAGCUUCUGUCUGAGAGGGUCUGGAAACACACUAUGGUGCUAUUCUUAUGUGAUGGAGAAGUGGAAAGAACCACAGUCACAAUGCACAUUGACAAUGCGAAAAACCUUCUAGAAAAAUGUGGCUACAGACAUUACAUUCUACAGAAUAUGGGCUCAGAAACCCAAGUACAUGGACUCCUCAAGGAGAUAGAGAAUGUAGUGGACAAUUAUGGUUUCUUCCUGCCACAGAUUUACCAUGAUAUAAUACAUAUGAUACAAACCCCACAGCCUGAAGACACAGAGGUGAAGGGGAAUAAAAAGCACUCUGAAGAACAGUCACAGGAGAAGACAGAGCUCCGGCACAGACGUGGAAGUUUCUCAUUCGAUAAACCAAACUUGAAUGAAGAAAAAGGGACUUCGGGGAAUCAGACGGUGGGUGGUGAUGCUACCAAGCACCAGAAUCAGGACGACUUCUAUUCAUUGCCACGGAAUUACCUUCCUCCAGCAACGGUUAUACUAUUUGUUGUUAUUGGAACACUUAUAGGCUCAGUGGCAGGAGCUGCAUAUGGACCACUGGGGGCAGGUCUUGGGAUUGUUAUUGCAUUCGUGAUAUCAGUUUUAAUCUCUAUUUUGCUGAUUUAUGCCCUGAAAUUGACAAGAUGGAGAACAACAUAGGGUUAAUGAGGUUCUCUUUGUCAAAAGAAAAUUUUUAAAUAUAAAAAUAGAGCAGCUAGAGCAGAUAAACAUUCAAAGAACCAUUCAAAUACAUUUUUCAGAGUAAACUACUGCCCAUGCCCCAGCUACUGCCAUUUGCUUUGGACUAGCUGCCCACCCUACAUUGAAGUUUUCAUGGACUCCUAAUAUAUUACUACUACUACUACUACUACUACCAUUAAUAAUAGUAGUAUAAUAAUUUUGUAGUGGUAGUUUGACCAGAGGAAGAUGUUUGGUCAAGAUGUUUGGACAUGUUUGGUCUCUAAAUUCUGCUUCUUUAAUGAGCUAAUGUUGCUAACAAGUACUAGAAGCAUAUUUCCCACCAAUUAGCAUCAUGAAAGGUGCCUGCCUGUGUGUCUUCUUAAUAAAGCUCCAUGGCAUUUAUAAUCAGCUUAUCAGAGCAUUUUGACUUUAUUAUAGAGUCCAUUCUUUUCAGGAGACUUGCUUUCAGUUUUGUAAAGAAAUCUGCAGGGAUUUUUCCUACACCUCCAAAAUUCAGUCUUAGAAGUUACUUUUACAUUUUCUGCUUCUCAUAAUCCAAAUAAUCCCAAUUUAAAUUUUAGACUCAUCAGUCUAUACAACCAUACUCCAUGUCUCAGAUUUACAGUUUCAGUUUUCUAGUGCAAAAGUUCCUCUUUGUGUCUGUCUCCUUUGCUCAGUGAGGCUUCUUGACAGCUACACAUCCUUUCAGACCCAUAGUGCUGAGUUGCCUUAUCACAAUGGAAGGAUGAUUUUACUAUACAUCAUUCAGGUGUUGAAAAAUUGAGUAGUUUUUUUUUUAUCAAUAUUGUGUGAAAAGUUUAUGACAAAUAAACCAAUGAUAAUAACUGAAUUACUUGAAAAUCUUUCUAUAUUAGCAGAUGUUAAGAAAAGUUCAGAGAUACAAGUCAUUCUUACAACAGUGAAAAAAUGUACAUAAUACAUU